UGCGGAGAGCACACGUACGGCGGACGUGCACGGUGGCUAGGGAGACCGCAGCAGCAUGCAGCGCAGUCGGUCCUCGCCCGGAGCGCCCAUGCACGCCCUCUCUCCGGAGUUUUGACCAAACCUACGCACGUGCCGCAUGGGUGCAAUAUGUGGCACAUGAACGCAAGGGCAGCUAUCGGAGUCGUGGUGUUUGCCACGCUGUGUUUCCCACGGGGAAGCGGCGUUGGUGCCUUUCGGGACCAGGUGCCUCGCCUGGAGGGGCACGGGUACACGGAUAUCAUUGUGCGCCUGCCCCACGGCCUGAAGCAGCGGGAUCCAGGAGAAUUCUUCGGUCAGCUCGAGAGGCUGCUACGCCGUGCGUCAGGCAAGCUUCUGCAAGCAUCUGACGGCCUAUGGUACUUCAAAGGCAUACGCGUGGUCGUGCCUCCCGAGAUGGAGACUCCUCGGAACCUGUUGUUGCAGGACGCCAGCUGGGAGCUUUUCAACAACGCCCACAUCGUUCUCACCAAGCAAGGCAGCAAGUGCAAGGCUCGACAAAGUAGGGGCUGCGGUGAACGGGGAGACCUCGUGGCGCUGCCCGUGAGCACGCUCGACGCGUCCGUGGACAUUGAUGCAGCAGCGUCCUCAGUCGUUCGCAGCUGGGCCCAGUUUCGCUACGGGGUGUUUGAAGAGACGGCGUUCGGUUCCAGGCCGCAGUGGUGCUUCUACGACGGACAUUUCUGGCGUCCCACCGGCUGCUACACGACGAAUGUCACUGCACGACCUUAUCUGAAUACGGAGGGGAUUUGGGAAUGUUCGAGAAAGGACGUGGGCGUCAAGAAAAUUUUUCAGUCUGCAAGCGAGCCGGCGUCAUCGUUGAUGUUCACGUCGAGCAUACAAAAGGUGCAGAAGUUCUGCGAUACCCGUGGCAACCACAGCCACCUGCAUUGGGCGCCCACAAAGCAUAACGCGUUGUGCAAGGCACGCAGCGUAUGGCAAGUUAUCAGGGAUUCUCCCGACUAUUCACCAGGCAUUCAGCCUUUAUCCAUGCAACCGGCUACUCUAUUCGACUACGUCAAGCCACGGACACACCGCUACUUCUACGUAGUGCAGGCGUGUGCACCUGAUCCAGCGGAUGCAGUGUACAGUAAAAUCAUGGCAUCUAUGAACGAGGGGUUGCGGCGCUUUCUUUACGCGGCACCACGUGGUUCCCACUGGAACCUAGUGCUUUUGGACGGUGGUAACAUCACCGCGCCCGCCGAAACCGACUUCGACAGCAGGAACACUACGUGGCAAGCAAGGUGGGAGUACCUAAGGGAGUUGGACCGAAGUGUCAAGUACACCUGCAAGAGCCCGGACGUUGACAGCUUUGUUAAAAUUAUUCCGAAGGUGGCGCAAAACGAGGCUACGACGGUUAUCGCGCUGCUGCACAGCGACUCGGUCACGGCAACAGUCGUCGAGGCGCUAGCCGCGAUCGACACGGUGCGACUCGUCCUUAUCCUGUUCGACACGGCUGCGACGCCCCAGCACUCGGCCUGGAGAUCAACUGUGCUGCGAGCCAAUCUUCUCUUCAUGGUGCCCGCAGCUUCCAGUCAGGAGUCCAUGGCGGCACUGGUCGACCUGGCCCUACACACGACGCACCGCGCGACGGCAGAUCUUGACGGAGACGUGGUCAAGGUAUACCAGAAUACAGACGUGACUCUACGAGAUGGCGUCAAUGGCAAUUUUAGCUUCAAGUCGUUUGAUUCCAACGUGCUCUCAUUCAUCGUCGCCUGCCCAGACGUGUACAACAUUGAAGAAGGUGACGUCACGUUCAACGGGACGCUGGUACCAUCUCACCGGGUCAAGAUGUCUAUGUUCGCCACGGAACAGAAGCUCACUGAGGACCCAGACAUCGUGAACGUUGACUAUGCGGUCAGGGCACGGAAAAGCAGCCAACGCUGCUCAUUCAUGGCGAGCAUUCGCGGUUCAGUGCAAGAACCAAGAGUUCGCCUACGUGGAUGGUUCCGCAGGAAGAAAGUAGACACGCCAUAUCCGCAAGUGCUGUACGCCGAACUCCUGUACGGCGAGCAAGCUGUUAAGGGAGCCACUAUCGAAGCAGUCGUCUACUACGUAGCGCAGGACAUUGUCACCACUACAAUCAUCCAGCUUCGGGACAAUGGACUGCUGGAGCCGGACGUGAGCAAGGGCGACGGCGUGUACAGCGGCUACUUUUUGGCUGCGUCGCGGCGAGGUGGCUGGUACAGCGUCUUGUUGAGGGCCACAGGCAACCAUGCGACGUCCGUCGGUUCCGACGCACGCCCCGGCGCCUUCUUUCACAGGGAGGAGUUCAUCGGCUCCUUCUGGGCCUCUGGGCAAAACAAGGCUCAAUUCCCACCUGGCACGGUGCGCGACCUGAGCAUCAAACGCACCAAGCUGCCCAACGUCACCUUGGAAUGGUCAGCGCCCGGAAGCGAGUAUGACAGCGGAGACGGUGAGAAGCGAAUGGCCGGAAACUAUAUUGGCGGUUUAUCAGGGACCAUUUUCGAAAAAGGUGUGGGCUCCACCUACGAACUCCGUUACUCCUUGGACCAACAACGUCUGCUGAACGAUUUCGCUAAUCAACCGAGCGUUGAAUUCGACCAACAGCAACAACCCGGAGACUAUGAGUCGGCCGCCUUGUCACUUCCAGAGAUGAAAGACGAUAACACGGUGGUUUAUUAUAUCGGUCUGCGAACGAAGAACAAGGAACGCCGUCACAGCGACAUCUCGAACAUUGUGGCUGUUGUUGUAGAAGGCCGCUUUGGAAUGAACACAGUUGAUCCCGACAGUAACAAUACCCGCGAGAAUACCUCCGCCAUCAUCAACGCCACCGCAACAGACGCUGUAAGCCAUGCUGUGCCAAAUAGCACAGCAAGGACUAUGUUAAUGACGACUCCUGUUGAUAUCACGUCAUCGUCAGACCUCUUGUACUUGAACCACUUCACUGAGCACCAGUUCUACUAUUUAGUUGCCGGCGUAGCUGGCGGGUUUGUUCUGCUCGUUCUCCUCGUCAACUGUCUGAUAUGCUUGAUCUGCCUGCGGCAUCGAAGGUCUGAUGGCAAAUGCCGGGACACCGAGUGCGUCGUUAUUGAGAACGCAGUUGGUGCCGAUAAGCCUAUCAAUGCAUACGAAGAGCGCACUAGAUUCGAUGCGGCAGGGACCGUUGGGGCACUGCGCCAGAAACUAUCUAACUUAUCCCAACGUCGGGAUCGCGCCAACAAUACCACGCUCGAAAACUCUCCAGGCGCGGCUGUGAGUGCGGCUCCUUCGUCGACUAAGGAUUUCGAUCCCGAUCCUCCCAUCGCUCUCGCAUCCUUCAAAGGACAGGUGCAGCCUGAUUCCGGUGGUCCCAGCGCCAUGGCUCGGAGAGCAACGAAGGAAAAGCCGCGAAGCGUUGACACGGUGGCCGCCGAGUCAAGGGCGAACAACAUCGGAGAGAAGGCACCAGUCACGUCAGGGCCUGAGCCCAUGCUGCAGCGCCGGGCAUCCAGUUCAAUACGCUCUUCCAAGAGGUCGAACGCCUCUUCGCGUGUAACAAGGCUGUCGGACAGGUCGAGACGUACGGACAGAAGCAGGGCACCGGUAAUCGGCGACCAUGAGAGAAAGCGCAGUGGCGACUAUUACGACCUAGGAGUUGUCUAACACGCGCCAUUCCUUAUAAUGCAAGUAACAUAUAGUGCAGUAAGGACGAGGGACAAGUCGAGAGAGGACAAGCGCUAACUUUCAACAAAGAUUUUAUUGUGGAUGCUGAGAAUAUAGAUAUACACAUCCGAAUCCUCAGAGAAGACGAAGGUAUACUGCCAUGUGCAGGCUAUGUCAAGAAUUCAAGCUCUUUUUUUGAUAAAGCCACUGGUGGUCAACUGACGCAAUUAUCCCUUGCCUGUGCGAUCUCGGUAGCUUCUAAGAUUCUCCUGGUUAAGCUAUCGCGAUGGCGAUGCACAACAGCGUGGGGCGGAAUCUUAUAACGGUUCGGAAUACGAACCGUUCGCUUCGCCGCUUACGUCACUAAAUGUGCCACUCCCAAACCGGUGGUGGAAGAAGGGGAGGACGUGACCAAUAGAUGAGAGGGUGCCCCUUCUGAAGUGUACGUCAUUAUUUUUACAAGAUUAUCGAGGAAUUCCAGAAUGUUUUUGUUUGCUAAAUAAAUGUAAAAUAUAAAUUAAAUAUUAUACGACAAGUUCUAAAGUGUAAACGUGUGGUGCCGGGCGUUUACGGAAUGCAGAAGUAGGGCGCUAUAACGAAAAACUAUUUCAAUAUGUUUUUAUUCCAAUCUCCUGACGUCAAAUUUGCGUAACCGCCGACGCAAGCAUCGGGCGGCUACCAGAAGGGUUGUCUGAACAGAUCAAUCAAACGACCUCCUCGUUCAUAGGAGGUCACUUUUGCUUGCUUGAAAAACGAAUAACAUUGCCUACACUGAGCUGGUUGUCUUAUCUAAUUGGCUGACAAGAGGCGAGGAGCGCACUCAAGUGGAGAGGGAUUCAAUGGGGCCGAGCCACUGCACUGAAAAUCGAUAACCGGAUAGAGGGGGUGGUGCCGGCGUCUGCGAUUGGUCCGCUUUCUUUUGCUUAGUUGCGGUGGCUAGUCGAAAAUCGUGGCGGCAUGCAACGGAAGCUCAAGAAUGACGCUAAAACUGAUCCUCAGCAAAGAAAAGUUGGCAGAACGAGGUCGUAAACGGACCGAAAGUGCUCAAAAACGUUACACGGCCACGGAAGAAGUUUUAUUAUACGCAAAUAAACCCAUGCUCUCUGGCAGGUGCGAGUAGCCAGUGCCUGAGCGAUCGGCGGCAGUCAUCUUUUAUUCAUUUCAGAAUGUGGCAGCCUGCGGCUAUUCAGAAGAAAACUCAGUUUUGUUCGGCAUAUUAAUGCAUCUUUAUCGCGUACAAGUCACUUUGACGCGUGAGUUCUUGCGGUUUUGUGACGUCGCGUGAUAGGCAGGUGAAGUUGGUGCAGCCCGAACUCUUUUGACCAAUAGCCGAGGGCUAAUGGCGAAGAGGCGUCGAAUCAGAAAGAACUAUUUUUCUUUUGUUGUGUCAAAUCAUGCAUAAUCAGUGUGUACACGUCAUAUCAAAUGGAGAGCUAUCGCGGUUUUCGUGACUUUGCGUGACAGACAGGUGAAGUGGGGGUGGUCCAAAAAGUUUUUGACCAAUCGCGGAGGGCUGAUUGCAGAAUUGGAAUAGAAAUGUUUGGAAUAGUUUUGCGUUAUAGCGCCCGUAAUUUGUUAAUGUCAUUCUUUUUCAUUCUCAGCCGACAGGUGGUAUUGCAAGCGUAAAUGAGUUGGCAGAGCGCAGCGCUAUGUUGUCUGCUACCAGACGCUUGCACGAUGCACGCAACAGGAAUGCACUGCCAGCCCUUCUUAAGUAGCGAGCGCAACAAAACCGUGAACUGGUUCUUAGGGUCACAUUUAAUUACGAGCCGACUAUAUCAAUUUUCCUUCUUUUUUCGCCCUUCGUCAUCGGCUCGGACAUGACUUCGCUCGCCGCCGCGCUGCCGCUAUUCCUGCGAUUUGCCCCACGGUGCGUCGCUUGAUAGAAGCAAUGGAACAUGAAAUCGAUCAUUACGAUAUACGGGCCCUGCAUUGCCUGCGCGAAGUAAAAUCGAAGAGUGUGGUGCUGACGGUGCGCGCUGUGCCGUGAAAUUGAGGAACAAAGUGUGGCACUCCCGAACUAGAGAAAGAGGGCAGCCAAAUAAGUGAUCUCCACAAUAUCUUCGCGUCCUGACUGUAUAGUUUUACCAGCCUAACGAAGGAAGCGCUGGACCAGCUUAGGUUGAACCCUUCUGAUUGCUGAACGGCGAUCUGCGAGCUAUUCACGCUGGCGAUAGCACUAGGAAUUCGAUCUCACCAUGCAAAUAUUUCUUUGGCAUUGGCUUUGAAAUGUAAGUCACGGGAAAGCUGGCCCAGCCCUUCUACCGGUCAACAAAGUAAUUGCGAGAGCAACUUGGUGGACAGUGGCGGCAGCAGAGAUCUAGGCCAUUCCGAUUAAUGCUUCGCUUCCGACAGACCUCUGGGAGCCGCAGGGCGGUGGCGAUGAACCGCAGCGCGCAAUUCCGUCCUCUGCGUGGAAUGACCACUGGUACGCUUGCACCCGAGUCUCCUCCAGUUGAUAGCGUAGCCUGCAAAAGGUCUACUUAGAAAGCCGGCAGGGGCGGUGCAACUCAUUAUCCGUAAUUUCUUCGAACGCGUAUCGCACUUCCAGCCGCGGUCGACGCCGAAAGAGCAACGCCAAGCAGACGACAAAGGCAAGUAAUAGCCUCCGAAGCAACCAACGCACGCGUGAUCGACGCCCGCGUGAUCGACGCCCGCGUGUCUCCGGGGUCGCACGACCGGCGCGCGCGGCCAGGGUCGCGAGCCAACAGCGAAGCCACAGCAACAGAACCCAAAGCGUACUACCCCUUCGCCGGUUCCGCUCUUAACCAAAUACGGAUUCGCUUUGAAAAUGAUUGACAGAUGCGUGACGUGACCGUAUAAUUUGCAGUGCCGCCCCGCUGUCUCUGACGGCCUCUGACGCAAGCAAAAUUUUGACCAAUCAAAUGAAGCCAAGUGAACCGGUUCCCUUCCGAACCGUUAUAAGAUUCGGUCCCUGAUCAAAAAGAGGACGGCAAGGUGGCUGCGCGUCACAUUUUUUACAAAGGACUGCCAGUUGGCCGUCUAGCAAUAUUGCUGACUUUUUUGUUGUAGUCCUGCAGACGCACAUUCAAGCACCUGCCGGUCUGACCAAUGUGGCGUCUUUCACAAGAGAGUGGAAUUCUGUAAACAACUCCCUUUUUGCAGGUGACGUAGGUAUCGUUGUUCUUGAUGGCAGUCUGGUUUGCGCAUUCUCGUACGACAGCUCAACUUGCUCAAACUCAAAAGCUUAUUUGGCGCCGUGAACAACACUUUGACGCAGGAACGUUGCCCUACCUUUUUAAGAUUGUGAGAAACUUUACGCAGGUAGCUUAUACCUUAUCUUCGUAUCUUUAUUCUUUUUUCUCUCUGCUGUCUUCCGCUCUCUGUUCGUCACUCAUGUGCGAUUCAGCCUUUCUUCUGCGAUGCAGGCCUUCAGCAACUGAGAUAUAUAUAACGUGCCUCCGAUACACCGCCGUCUCCAAACGUGCCACUUGCCUUUGAAGGCUUGCUGCUAUGGAAUGAUCGCAUAUGACUUACAGAGAGCGCCAGGCAAGAAAGAAAGCACUAUAUUUCUUUUUACAAGCUUAGAGUGUGCUGUUCGAACUGUACGGUAAAGGGGCUUAUUGGCUCUUGGGGCCCAUACAUAUAGCACUUGUCCUGUCUCGACUCGUCCCUCGUCCUUAGUGCGCUAUGUUACUUGCAUUACGAUGAAUAACCGGCAAGCCCAAACCUAUCCCCUUCUGCGGCCAUUCCUUAGCCUUCUGCGGCCAUUCCUUUAGGUAAGGGUCAUUUCAAAAUGUUCACACAGCCGUUGAUCGCUGUCAGCGCACUAUUGCAUCUAUCGGCGUGACGCUAUCGCAAUUGACUAAGAGAGAUCACGUGCUUUUCACGCCGCUAAAAAGGGGAUAGUAGUCUGAAAAGCUGAAGAUAUACAAAAUUUGCGCCCGCGAUUUGCUCAAGAGAUUGAGAAAAAGCAUAGUAUGGCGUUUAGUUACGUUCGUCGCGUUUAUUAUAUUAUGGUUGAUUAAGCCUUCAGCGCAGGAAAUAACUUUAAUGUAUUUGCGCAAAGAGAGAGCGCGAGAGACAGAAACGGAAGCUUAUGACCAAAGAACUAUACCACUCUGCCCUUCACACACCGGGGAUUCGUUUUUGGAGGAAAGCGAUUGCUGCGUCUACGACAGCGCGGGCGCGCUCAAAGCUGGUUCGCGUUUGGAACAUCUUUCCGAUACAUAUAUGAAAGAGGCGACGUUAACAUUCCACUGACUACUUUUCAUCGCUCGGUACAGUUACAGUACCAUGCAUUUCUUCCUUUCAAUAAAGUGACGUCACAUGUA